AUGCCCUGGAAGGAGCUUAACACCAAAACAUCCCCAGCAACCAACCAGGCAGCUGGCCCAGAGGAAAAGGGGAGAGCUGGCAAUGCCGAGAAGGCUGAGGAGGAGGAGGAGAUUGACAUUGAUCUGACAGCACCAGAAACAGAGAAGGCUGCCCUUGCUAUUCAGGGCAAGUUCCAGCGAUUCCAGAAAAAGAAAAAGGAUCCCAGUUCCUGAAUAACCAGCCUUACCCUUCACCUUGCUCCCUUCCCUCCCCUUCUCCACAGCUCUGACUCCCAUGUAUCUUUGUCUCUUUGUCCCUCAAGCUUCUCAUUGAGGCAAG